UUUGAGUGCAUAUCCAAACCAUGUCAUUUUCUUCAUUUAUGGGCCUAUUUCUUUGUAGUAAAAAUCAAUUUAUUUUACAGUUGGAAUACAACACAACAGCAACAAGAACAGCAACAACCCACAUGGCCCUAUUGAUUUGAUUGUUUUCCUUUUUUAGCUUAAGUUCCAUCACUGAACUGAACCUUAACAAGUAUCUGUUUCCAAGUGAAUGCUUGAGAUCAGCCACUUGUCGGAAUGGUUUAACGGUCAUCUUCGAUUUUCGGGACAAUUUGAUCGAUUAUUUUCAGUUGUGUCUGGUGCAGUUUCAAUGCUCAAGCUUGGUGAUGAAAAAACCUUAUGCUGCUGCAAUAAUUGGAGGAGCUGUACUAGGAACUGUACUUGUUGUAAUUGUCAUCACACUCUGGUUUUUCAAGUCACAUUGUAAUAAAUUUUCAAACAAAAACUCAGAGACUGCUUCUUCAGAUCCACCUGCUCCAGUUGAGAGAAAUAGAGGAUGUAGAUCCACUUCAGCACCAAGCCGCCUUUCGUUCGAUGCCCAAGUCGUUAGGCAGUUCACCAUGGAUGAGCUGGAGUUAGCUACCAAGCAGUUUAGUGAAGCUAAUCUCAUUGGACAUGGAAGUUUUGGUUCGGUCUAUAAAGGUCUGCUUCAUGACAGCAUUGUCGCCAUCAAACGACGUAAUAGCCCUCCUCGACACGACUUUGUUACAGAGGUGGUCUACUUGUCAGGAAUUCAACACCGUAAUUUAGUUUCGCUGCGAGGUUACUGCCAAGAAAGAGGAUCGCAGAUUCUGGUAUUUGAGUAUGUACCUAAUGGCAGCAUUUGCAAUCAUUUGUAUGAUACAAAAAUGGAAUUAUCAACUAAAUUAGAGUUCAAGCAAAGGUUGUCCAUAGCUCUAGGAGCAGCCAAAGGUUUAUGCCAUCUGCAUAGCUUAAGCCCUCCUUUGAUACACAAGAAUUUCAAGAUGGCUAAUGUCUUAGUUGAUGAGAACUUCAUUGUAAAGAUUUCAGACGCAGGGAUCACAAAAUUCGUUGAAGAUUCAGGUCCAUCCGGUGUAAAUGUUUUCCAGGAUCCAGAGGCAGGAUUGUCCACGGAAAAGAGCGACGUUUACAGUUUCGGAGUGUUCCUUUUGGAGCUUAUAACAGGACAGGACGCUGCUAAUUUAGGGUUCUUAGAAUCAGACGAAACUUUAAUUCAAUGGGUGGCGUCAAGACUGAACUCAAACAAUUUUGUGGACCGUCGAUUGAUGGGGAAUUUCACUACGGAUGGCAUUAGGGAUUUGAUAAGGCUGACACUGCGGUGCAUGAGUUUUCCCAGGAUUGCGAGACCGAAAAUGGAAAUGGUUGUGAUUGAGCUCGAAAGGCUUGUCGAAAGAGAGAUGGCAUUAACGACUGUCAUGGGUGAGGGUUCUGCUGCUAUAUUUCUCAAAGGAAGCGAGCUAUUUUCUUGACGAGGAGAAAUUUCUACGCAGCACAGACACUUCAUUUCGACCAACGUUUCUGUUUCGGAAAUGGGACGGAAAUUUAACGUUCGGACACAAAACAUAGUUUUUUCGUGUCCAAGUAUCAUGUUUUUCCAUGCCUAUGCCCGUGUCCGAGCUACCUAGAGAGACAUUGAUUGACUAUGAUUAUUGAUUCAAAUGUAAAGUAUGAAUUUGUAUAAUUUUAUGGCUUAAUCGUCUAAAAUACAUUCACUUUUCCGCUUUU